CUUGUUUUAUGUAUUCGCGAAGCGGCGUUCGGCGUCGCGAAUCAUUAUUUUGUUGAAAUAAGUUCGAUAUCAAUUGAAUAAACGAGUUUCGUGGACUAUGAAAGAUGAUUGUGUUGGUAUUUUACAGUACGCUUUUCUUAAGAGUAUUUGAUAAAAGAAAAUUCGUUUAACGAGUCAAGUACGCGAUGUAGCCGGAACCAAGAGGUGCACCGCCUUUCAUUGUCAACUGUCUGUUUUCCCUGUUGAUUGUACUGUAUUAGCAGUCAAAGAUUUAAUGAAAAUUAAUUCUGAAAUUCUUGCACCGAUGAUUUAUUAAUGUGAUUAAAAACAACUCGAUCCUGCAGUACAUGGAUGGCAGAGCCAAGAAAAAUUUGCCAGUGAUUGCACUUAGAUGGAAAAUAGUCUAAAAGUUGUCAAAGCAUUUUAGUUGCAAUGGCUUCAAUCCAUCAAUUUGACUAUUUAUGUAGAUUAUGUAGUGAUAAAGUGGAUCAUCUCAUGGGUGUACCAAUUUUUGAAGAAUGUACAACGAAUAUUGCAAAAAAAAUUACAACUGUUUUACCAGUCAAUAUAUCGAUAACGGAUGAACUUCCAAAAGUUGUUUGUGUCAAAUGUGUAUACAAACUAGAAGACUUUCAUGUUUUUCGUGAAAAGGUUUUACAAACAGAAAAAAUGUUUAUUCAGAUGGCAAAGUCACUAACGAAACAUAACAUGAAUUCUUUAAAUGGAAUCACUGCAAAAGAGAUGCAAAGAAAUAUUGGUAAUUUAGAGAAUAAUGUAAAUGCACUUGAUAAUCAUGAUGUCUUGACUCAUAAUGCACAAAAUGGUCUUCACCAAAUAGCAGAUAUUGACAAUUUACAUCUUCCUGGUAGUAGUAGGCAAAUGGUGGUGCAAGAAGAAUUAUCUCAACAAAAUGAUUUGCCAGUAUCUAGUUUCCACUUAGUUGGUGAUGCAUCUAGAAUGGUAGAUGAACAAAUGCAAACUGUAACAAGUUUAAGCCAAGACUUAGCCAUAAACCUAGAUGGCAAUUUGACAGUAGGCAAUAUUAAUGUGGGAGAUCAUCUUAGCCAUAUAGAUAUCAACUCCUAUGUGGAUUCAAUGUCAUCCACAGCUAACGUACAGCUUCAAGCCGAAAAACUCAUUCAAUACUGUAAUGAAGUAAAUACAGACUCCAAUAUUAUGGAAGAAGAACAUCAUUCUGUGGCGCAUUCUUCAACACAAAGUAAUAUUGAUGAUGAUGGUAUGGGUUCUUCUGAAAACACAACACAUGCUUUUACGUUAACUUCUACAAGUAAUGAUAUGAACAAUGAAAAUGGAAUGGUCAUGCAAUAUACCAAAGGAACAAAAGAUGCACUGAUCGAAGAUUUAUUAAAAAACCCAACAAUUGAUGAAAAUGAAUCUACUUGGUAUAUCUGUCCUUUUUGUAAUGAGGCAUUCUCUGAACCCAGUAAUCUUUUGUUGCAUUUUGAAGAGCAUUUUUAUAGCUGUUUGAAAUGUGACUUGUACUUUACCAGUAUUGAUGUUUUUAAUUUACACAAUCAAAACUGUUUUGUAAAUAAGUCAGAUUUUACUGAAAACAAAGAACAAAUCCAGUUCUCUGAAGUUCAACCACCUGUUGAAGAGUCUUCAGAAAAAAAGCCACAAGGAUCUCGGAUAAAGUGUGCACCUAAAAUUUGUACUCAUUGUGGUAAAGAGUACCCUACAAAUUACAAAUUACAAGAACACAUGCGCAAACAUACAGGUGAAAGACCAUUCCAAUGCAGUUUGUGCGAAAAAGCUUUUCGCAGUAAAAUAGGUCUUGCUCAACACACCGCAACACACACAGGUCAAUUUGACUAUAGUUGUUCAACCUGUGGCAAAGGCUUUCAAUGCAAAAGUUAUCUUAUUGUGCAUCAACGAGUACAUUCUGAUGUUAAACCAUAUUCUUGUUCAACUUGCAACCAAAAAUUCAAAACUAGACAAUCAUUAUGUGACCAUGAGAAUCGACAUAAAGGAGUCAAACCUUAUAAAUGUGAAAUUUGUGGCAGAGGAUUCAUCACUAAAGGGUUGUGUAAAAGUCAUCAAAAAAUACAUUCUGGAUUAGAUAACAGACAAUAUCCUUGUGAUGUAUGCAACAAAAUGUUUGUUAGCAAAAGUUAUCUGAAUACUCAUCUAAGGAUUCACACUGGCGAAAAACCUUUUCUUUGUGAAGUAUGUGGCAAAGGAUUUCUCACCAGAGUCGAUCUUAGAGUUCAUUCAACCAUGCACACAGGUAAGAAAGACUUUGAAUGUGAUAUAUGUGGAAAAGAUUUUGCUCGCCGUUCAGCAUUGCAAUGUCAUAGACGAUCUCAUACGGGUGAAAGACCGUACCGUUGUGAUGUUUGCAAUAAAACUUUUACGCAAUUUAGUCCGAUGAAUAUUCACAAACGUUUGCAUACCGGUGAACGACCUUACGCGUGUGAUAUUUGUGAAAAAUCGUUUACUUCUCGUUCUACGAUGAUGUGUCAUCGCAAAAAACACGACAAACCCAAUGAAGAACCACCGUCUCUAAAUGAACUGAAAUUAGAAGAGGAUGGCAAAGACACAAGUCAUUUGACUGAAAGUAAUGAUGGUACUGACUAAUUUUAGAUACUCUUAAGUUGCAAAUAUCUUUAAGAAUUUGAGUGGCUAACCAUUGUUCUUGGUGCAGAUAGAAUUUUUGAUAAGUGAUUUAUACAAAAAACAAAUGUAUAUAUAUUUUGUACAUACAAGUACUUUUGAUAGUUCCAUAUA